AUGAACAGCAUGCAAAUACAAAGAAAGAAAUCAUUUAAAGCCAAUCGAGUAUUUGAUGUCGAUCUAUUAUUUCAAAAUCGUCAAAAGCAAAAUAUUGAAAUUCGACGUCAAUUACGUGACGUUAUAAUAUCCAAACAUCGAAAUUUAUCACCACUUAAUGAAAAAUCCAUUCCGCAGAUUGAGAUUAAUGAACCGAAAUUGAUUAUCAGAAAUUUAAAGAUCGAAAACUUUUCUGAUAUGGUACAAGGAGUUUAUUCAAAUAAUCUUGAAAGGCAAUUGAUUUCCAUGAGGAAAUUUAGGAAGCUAUUGGCUGAAGAACGUGUUCCACCAAUACAACAAAUCAUUGAUGCUGGCGUUAUACCUAAAUUUGUCGAAUUCUUACAAUCAAAUCAUAAACGUCUAAAGAUUGAAUCAUCUUGGGCUUUAAAAAAUAUCUUGGCCGGUAGUAUCGAUCAUAUCAAAGUCGUUGUUAAUGCUGGCGCUUUGCCAAUUUUCGUUCAAUUGUUGCAAAAUGAUAAUUCCACCGAUGAAAUCAGAGAACAUGCUAUUUGGGCUAUAGGAAAUAUUUCCAGUGAUGAGACUUUUUGUGACUUGGUCUUUCGUUCGGGAGCUUUGAAGUGUUUAUUAUACGUAUUGAAUCAACUUGAAGAUGAUAAUUCUUUGAUACUUACUUUGGCAAGAACUAUAUGUAACCUUUGUCGAGUAAAAAUAUCUGAAACAGAAUGGUGGUCUUGGAUGACUCCCGUCCUUGUUGCCUUGUCUCGAAUGAUACAUUUGAACGAUGAUGAUAUCCUUUAUUCAACUUGUUUGGCAUUAUCCUACCUUUCUGAUGGGGAGUUCGAUCGUAUUCAACGAAUACAAACAAUUAUUAAUACCGGAAUGUGUCCUAGACUCGUUGAACUCAUGGUCCAUAAAAAUAUUAACGUGCAAAUACCCGUCUUAAAAUGCCUUAAAAACAUCUCGGCCGGAUCCGACAGCCAGGUUAAAAUUAUUUUAAAUUGUGGGGUUUUAAACUUAUUAAAAAACUUAUUCGUUAGCAAGAUACAUAACAUGAUCCGUAAAGAGGCUUGUUCAAUCGUGUCAACAAUUGCUUCGGGAGCAGCUCACCGAAUUCAAGCCAUUUUGGAUGCUGGAAUGAUUCCUUUCCUAAUCGAUUUGACUAGAAAUUCGGAUUUUUUAACGAAAAAGGAAGCAACGUGGGCGAUAUGUAGCGCUAUAAGGAUCAGUUAUCAUCAAUCAUAUUUAAUUCGACAGAUCAUAAAUUCUGGAUGUAUUCAAUCUAUGAUUGACAUGUUGGAUUGCAAGGAGAUUGAGAUUAUUUUUGCGGUAUUGGAAGCAAUUCAAACAAUUUUAAGGUUUGGGGAAUCCGCAAAAACUCCAAAUAAUCAAGAGAAUGAAUACUCUUUAUUCAUUGACGAGAUUGGGGGAAAAGAAAAGAUUUAUGAAUUACAAUAUCAUAAGAAAUAUGAAAUUUAUAAUAUAGCUUUUAAUAUAAUUGAUAAAUAUUUUGGUGAAUACGAAGAGAAUACCUUGGAGAUUGGAUUUAAUUUCAGUGAAGAACCUGGUGGAUCAAAUGAUUUUAUGGUACAUCAUAAUUCUUCUACAGGGUUCCAAUUCUUGCAUCAACCUAUCAUUCCCUUUGGUGCAUUUCAUUUCAAUGCCGUUGGUGAAUUCGGUUCGCCUGGUCUAAUACUACAAAGUGAUCAAAAUGGAUUUCGUUUGCCUGUAGAAACUAGUCAAAAUCCUGAUGCCUAUUACUUCCCCUUUUGUUAA